UAUCCUACUCCGUACCCGUACCCUCCAAACCCGUCAGCAUAGAACCGCGGUGUUACCCGUACCCGUGCGUUUCCCUAGUCGUCAUCGUGCUACUCAACAACACCCACAGCGAGCUCACUUCCGUAGGCAACAGCUGAACCAUGCAUUAGUAAUUAAUAUACUGCCCCCUCGUGGUAUGGACUCGGCGAGAUUGACGAUGCCGCGAUACGCCAAUUUAUCAUCGCAUCACGCAUCAUCCUUCAAACUCGUUUUCCUGCUUCUGCUGUUGCUUCAUCUGGGGAAUCCGCGGACAUUUGAGAUGCAUUGGAAAAUGUACUGUUUCUUUCUGUUUCUUUCUCUCCCCUUUUGCUCAGCACGCCUUACUAUUUUUUGACACCAUCCACAAUCCUCGUGCUCCUUUGCUCGUGCCCUUUUUAUUUUCUACAUGCUUUCCCUCAUCCCACGACCGUUGCAUCUCCCAUCCACUACAUAUUCUAUUUUUAAUUUUAAUUUUGCAUGUUAAUUUCUUCUCCAUUUUCCUUAUUCCUUCAUUCUUUUCCUG